GGUUAUUGUGCCGAUAAGCAUUUCAGGUUGUUUCGAAGAAACCCUUGCGAUAAGCAGGCAUCUGAUCCAUCCCGUCUGAACCUGCGCGCGAUCAGAACCAUCACGGUCCUGUCUCCAUCUGCACCACCGACAGGGCAUCGACACCGACAGGGCAUCGACACCCCAGGCCCAUCACGGACCCUUCCUCCACCGCUCCCGCCGCACCCCCGGGCUUUGCCUAGAAGACAGAUCAAAACUCUCUCGUCUCCCCGUCAGCCAAGAUGGCGACUUCCAGCAGAUACCCCCCGACUUCAAAUCCGCACCAGCUACAGCAGGCGCAACUGCAGGGACAACAGCAAUACCAGCAGUACCAGCAAUCACAAGCUCCCGUCGCUCCUACCACUCAGACAAAGGCCCGCCCAGCGAGUUCCCAACGCAGGUCGAGAGGCUUCAGCUUCAGAUCCGACAAGUCUCACGACUCCAAAGAGCAAAAGCUUGACUUGCACGAGACCAGUGCCGAAAAGGACGCCAAACGGUUACAUACAAAAGCCGACCCUACCUUAGCCAUGAACGAAGCAGAGCCAUCCGAGGUGGCCGCGCAUGUUAAGUCAUCGCUCGCUUCUUUGCGGAAUAUGCAGCACAAAGAUGCCUUUGGAAACCCAAUCUCCGACCCCGAUCGCUCAAACCCCACCCGCAGUCGUUGGGAACGCCCCCUAGAUACCAUUCGGAGCUUCGAGGCCGCCAUUGAUGGAGCUUACAGCAAUCGUAGGUCAAUUUACCGCUCAGACUCGGAGUCAACCUGGGGCAAUAACAGCAAACGAAACAGUUAUUAUGGCACAAGUGGCCCCGGUUACUACAACAGCCGACCGGCUUCGACAAUGUAUCCGAACCGUCAAGACGGCAGCCAGCAUGACCUAAGGCAAGCACCACGAGACGUUUACUAUGACCACCAGUCAGGAUACAACAGCGGAUAUUCCUCCCCGCCUCAGAAUCAAGGCAGACGUCGUGAUCCCAGGAUCAUGCCCAACCCGCAGUUCUCUUCGCCGUAUCAAUCGCCGAGCGCGAACGACUACCCGAUCCCAAGUAACCAUUACCCGAUCCCGAGUAACCAUCGCUCGUACGAGACCGUUGCCUCGGCAUCUGGAAGUGGCUCAUCAGAUCCAGUGGGGUAUCAGACCGAUCCGACAAGUAGUGACAACAGCUCGAUUGAACGAGCUCAAGCGGGACCAGUUUCCAAGCGACCGUCGGAACCAGCAAAUGAUUAUGGAAUAGGAUUCAGCCAGAAUACCGAAUAUUCACCAUCGGCCUUCACAGUAGGCUAUAACGGGAAACCUGCUAUGGGCAUGAACGGCGGUGGAGCAAACAACUACCAAACGAACGGCACAUCCGGCUUCGCCAACAACAACCUCAACAGCUUCAGUCAGGGAAACCCCAGCGUUGCACCGGCCGCAGCGCCUGCUCCGCCUCAGAAAGACACCCGGACACUACAGAAAAAGUCGACGAACGAUACCAUUCAACCAGAAAGGCCAGGCGCCCCAGAGAAGCGCAAGAGUUGGUUUUCGCGCAAGCUGAAGAAGUAGGCUGGCCUACCGAGAAUGGAUGUUCGAGUCACGAUUUUCUUAUUUAUCCGGGUAUGAUAUGAUAUUGAUGAACACUCUUGCUUGUUGGACCUUGUCGCUUUUCUCCUCGCUUUCUUUCUCGAUGGAUACCCACGCCUUCGCCUACAUGCC